AUGUCUGACGUACUGAAGAGUGGUAUAAUGGUGAAGGAGGGUCAUAAAGUAAAGAGUUGGAAGAAAAGGUGGUUCGUUUUUAGAAAGAGUGGGGCGUUAGACUAUUACGCAGACAAAAAAGAAAGCGACCAAAAAGGAACAGUCGACAUCAACAAGUUGACUUCCUUAAAAAAGACAGAAGACAAGAAGCGUGUGAUGUUGGAAUUGCUUCUUGACAAUAAAAUUUUCCGUCUUGCGUUCGACUCCGACGCUACACGUGACGAGUGGAACGCAGUCUUCCAGACCUUUAUCGACAAUAAAUCAACCAACAGAAAGUCUCAGGUUUCCAAACCGAAGUUGGAAGACUUUGAGACACUAAAAUUGAUUGGAAAAGGAACGUACGGAAAGGUGAUGUUGGUGAAGAAGAAAGACACUGGGAAGAUAUUUGCGAUGAAGAUCUUGGACAAAAAGGCUGUUGUUGAAACGAACGAGGUUGAGCACACGAUGGCCGAGCGUGAGGUUUUGGGCACAAUCGACAAUCCAUUUAUCGUCCACAUGCACUACUCCUUCCAGAACGAAAACAAAUUAUAUUUUGUGAUGGACUUCGUCAACGGUGGGGAGCUGUUCUUCCACUUGCAAAACGAAAGGCGUUUCUCGAUCGCCCGCGCCAAAUUCUACUCUGCAGAGAUUUUGCUCGCUCUUGAGCACCUUCACAAACACGGUAUUAUUUACCGAGACUUGAAACCAGAGAACGUGUUGUUGACGUGCGAAGGGCAUGUUUGUAUUACCGAUUUCGGGCUGAGCAAAACUGGGAUGAAAGAGGGUGGGGACAAGACUGGUACGUUCUGUGGAACUGCCGCAUACCUUGCGCCAGAAAUUUUGUUGGGUGAAAAAUAUGACAGCGCCGUUGAUUGGUGGAGUUUUGGUAUUUUGACGUAUGAAAUGAUGGUCGGGAUCCCGCCAUUUUACAGCGAAGAUGAGCGUGAGAUGUACCAGAACAUUGUGAAUGAGAGUGUACGAUAUCCACCAAACACCCCAAGUUCAAUCAAAACGUUCAUCGACGGACUUCUUGAAAAAAAUCCGACGAAGCGUUUGAUCGAUACUGCAGUGAUGAAGACCCACCCGUUUUUCCAAGGGCUCGACUUUGACAGGUUGCUCAAACUCGAGGUUGUCCCGCCUUACGUUCCAAACGUUAAAUCAGCCGAAGACGUUGCAAACAUCGACCCAUUCUUCCUUGGCGAAACUCAGUCCGCUAUUGACGAGGAGAAAAAUCAGAAGUUGGGUGGUGAAGAGAUCAAGUUUGAUGGGUUCACGUAUGUUUCGAAGAAAGAGUAA